AUGUCCCUCAAAGGUCGCACUGCUUUCAUUACCGGCGCCUCGCGCGGCAUCGGCCUCGAAAUCGGCAAGGCCCUUGCCCGACGCGGCGCAAACGUCGCCGUGGCCGCAAAGACCGCGGACCCGCACCCGAAGCUGCCCGGAACCAUCCAUACGGCCGUGUCCGAGAUUGACGAGAUCGGCGAGCGCCACAACACAGGUGCGCGCGGCCUGGCGCUGCAGCUCGACAUCCGCGAUGCCGACGCCGUCGAGGCGGCCAUUGAAAAGACGGUGGAAAGGUUUGGCGCGCUAGACAUUGUCGUCAACAACGCCUCGGCUAUCAACAUGAAGCCGACCGUCGAGGCGAGCGUCAAGAGCUACGAUCUGAUGAACGGCAUCAAUGCGCGCGGAACCUACCUCGUCUCGCGCUUCGCCCUGCCGCACCUCCUCCGCUCCUCUUCGCAAUCGCGCAACCCGCACAUCCUCACCCUCUCGCCCCCGCUCACCUACAACACGCUCUCGCCCUCGCCGGCCGACACCAUCUUCCCGGGCCAGCUGGCGCAGACGGGUACGGCGUACGCCAUUGCCAAGUUUGGCAUGUCGCUCGCCACCCUCGCCCUCGCCGCCGAGACGCAGGGAAAGGUGGGCGUCAAUGCCCUCUGGCCCUACACCCUCAUCGGCACCAGCGCCAUGAAGAUUGUCAGCAACAACCAGGAAGAGGAAAAGAGGUGGAGGAGUCCCGAGAUUGUCAGCGAGGCUGCCGUCCGCGUCCUCGAGGAACGCGGCGACAAGUUCACCGCCCAAUUCCUCAUCGACGAAGUCUACCUUCGCACCGCUCACAAGUUCACCCACAAUGACCUCGCCGCCUUUUCGCUGGGCGGUAGCGACACGCCGUUCGAGGACCUGGCCGAGGAUCUCUACAUUAGUCAGCAGGUGCGCGACGAGGUGGCGCGGGUGAGGAGGUCAGCCUAG